ACACGGUCACACCGAGGCUCGCGUUUACUCCAAUUUGUUUUUAUUUUUUGGUUUAAUCGCAUUUUAUUUAAGUUAACCGAAGCGCACAAAGCAGUUUUAAGUUAAAAAUGAAUGUCUUGAUCCGCUCCACCUUCUUGCUGCUUACGCUGACCAUUUGCGGCAGCUUGGCCAUUCGAUGCUACCAGUGUUCCUCGGAUCAAGAUCGGAAAGGACAUGACAGCUGUGGCGCCUAUAAGAGAUUCAACCGGACGGAGCACAUCUCCAUCGAGUGCAACAGCGAUGAGAGUCACAUGCCAGGAUCCUUCUGCAUAAAGGUGGUUCAACAGGGUCCCCGUGGAUUUAUUUGGGACGGUCGUUGGCGCCAGGUCAUCCGACGAUGUGCCUCCGUUUCUGAUACCGGAGUGACUGGCGCCUGUAAUUGGGGCGUCUACGAAAACGGCGUGUACUGGGAAGAGUGCUACUGCUCCAGCGAUAGCUGCAAUGGCUCCAGUUUGAUGCAAAUGCACGGAUCCCUGCAGCUACUGUUGGGCUUCCUGCUGAUUGGCGCCGCAUCCAGGAUUUUUAGAAGUUAAUAGGAAAACCAGGUUUAUUCUCUCCACCAAAAAAAGACAAAAAGUGCCUUUUCACCGCGCUCUUUUUAGCAAUAUCUAAGUCACGAAUGACUUUUAGUAUUGAAAACACAUUCCGUCCACUUUUCCAUGUAUAAAAUAAGAUUUACACGCUUAUAAACGUUGGGCUUAACAGUGUAACAUUGCGACAUAUCUUACAAAAACAUAAAUAAAUCCUUAAACAAGACAA